UAAUAUUUAAAGUUCCAGAGAGACUCACUCAAAAACUCAAAAUCUUAGACAAUGUCUAACAAUCGAAACUCGAAGUACUUGCGUUUUCCUCCAACUCAACCAUCUAAUGGAGGAGAUGAUCGGUCUCGGUCUCAACAACCCGACUCAGCGAUUCCGCCUGUUGAAUCGAAUUUGCCUCGUCUUACGGAGGAGCAAUUGAGUUUGUUCAAGUCUUUUCCUCCAGGUUACAGGUUCAACCCUGAUGAUGGAGAGCUCAUUGUUGAAUAUCUGCAAAAGAAAGUCCAGGAUCGACCUUUGCCUCCGAGCAAAAUCAUGAAUGUUGAUCUUUAUAAAUUUAAUCCUGAAGUUCUUGCAGCUACAUAUUUGAAUCAUGGAGAGAAGGAAUGGUACUUUUUCACACCAAGGGACAAGAAGUACCCGAAUGGAUCGAGACCCAAUCGAGCUGCCGAUGGCGGGUACUGGAAAGCCACCGGAGCCGAUAAACCUAUAAAGCAUAAAGGUAUUGUAGUUGGAAGGAAGAGAGCUCUUGUUUUCUACAUGGGAAAACCUCCAAAGGGUGAUAAAACGGACUGGAUUAUGCACGAGUUCAGACUCGAAAACCCUCCUCCGACUCGAGUGCCAAAAAAAACCAAUCCCAACACCAAAGAAUUUAAUAUGAGGCUUGAUGAUUCGGUGUUAUGUCGGAUUUACAAGAAAUCUGAGAGAUUUACUAGACCUGAAGGAGAUCUGGAGGCAGAGAAUGAAAAUGAGGAUAUUAAUGAUCCGAAAGCUGAGUUAAUAGACAAUAACAAUGAGGCUAUUAUUGGUUAUGAUAAUAAUCCAGGCGGCUUUGAACCCGAAUUCUACGCUGAAUCUCCUCCGGAAAACUACGAACUACUCUUCGGUGACUAUGGUCAUCCAGAAUCACCAAUUGAUUUCGCUCCACCUGGAAGCAGUUACAGUUACAAUGAUCAACUACUUCCAGUAGUAGCCAAUAAUUAUAAUCAUCCUGCUGGAUUUUCUUAUGAUUCUUAUCAUCACGAUCAUCAUAAUAACGGGAUGAUGGGGUCAGGAGGAGACUGGUGGAUGCAUUUUGAUCAUCAUGAAAAUCCUUAUCAGCAUCAGAGUCCUUUUCAUCAUCAGCCGAGUCCAUAUCAGUAUCAGCAGAGUCCAGUCUCUACUAUGGUAAGUCUAGCAGAUAUUAUUACAUCUCCACCGCGUCCGAAUAACCAACAGUUUGAGCAGCUACCGCAGCAUAAUAACCUGCAAUUCCCGCAGCAACCGCCGCAGCAACUCCGUCCAGGCUUACCACAACCACCACAUAGCAACAAAGAAUGAAUGCUGCCCUAGCAGCAGAUAUCAGGGUUAUAAGUACUUAUGGUAUCAAAAUUUUAUCCCUAGUUUCAACUUAGUACAUUUCAAUUUGUACCCUAAAUUUAAUUUAGUUUCAGGCGAUUCCUUGAUAAAUUCAGACUAAUGAAUUUGUUGAGUGAUCGCCUGAAAUGUAAUUUAAUUUUCGGUAUUAGUUUGAACAGAUUUUAUUAGCUUAGGCAUUUUUUUAUGAACAGAUUUUGUUA